CAGGAGUUUGGGCUCCGGAUGCCCCUUCGUGAUCCUGAAAAUGCCGGCGGGCGGCAGAGAGUCUCCCUCCAAGAGAGAGUACUUCAAGGAUGCCACGUUCCCCGCCUCUGACUCUUCCCUCUUCUGCACCUUUGCCACUCCCCUGGCGCAGUUCCGAGAAGAGAUCACCUGGCUGCGGCCUCAGGAAAUUUGUUCCACUCCUCGAUUAUUCCCAGAUAACCCCCAGGAAGGCCAGAUAAAACAAGGGAUUCUGGGAGACUGCUGGUUCCUUUGUGCCUGUGCAGCCCUCCAGAAGAGCAAACACCUCCUUGAUCAGGUGAUUCCGCCAGGACAGCCCAGCUGGCCAGAUCUAGCCUAUCGAGGGUGUUUCACCUGUCGGGUGUGGCAGUUUGGAGAGUGGGUGGAGGUGACCGUGGAUGACCGCCUGCCUUGCCUUGGGGGACGUCUGUGCUUUUCCCAGUGUCAGACUGAAGAUGUGUUCUGGCUCCCCUUGCUGGAAAAGGUGUAUGCCAAGGUGUAUGGUUCCUAUGAACAUCUGUGGGCAGGGCAGGUGGCAGAUGCCUUGGUGGAUCUAACUGGAGGUCUGGCAGAAAGGUGGAGCCUGAAGGACCCAGGAAGAAAUAAUGACAAGCCAAGCAGUCUUGGCAACGUGGAGCAGAGGACCUUCCGCAGGCUGCUGGACCUCAAGGACCAGUGUGUGAUAAGCUGCUCAGUGCUCAGCUCCAGGGAAG